AUGGAUAAUGAUUAUUAUGACUUUCUUGAUCAUUCAUUCGAUUAUAAACCAAAGAAGAGAGGACAAAGGGCAUUGACAGAUCAAGAGAUCAUUGUUCGUGAAAGAAUGAAGCUUGUUAAAAACAGGGAAUCAGCAAAAAAUAGUAGAAAAAGAAAAAAGAUGUAUGUUGACCUAUUAGAAACCAAAGUGGCAGGUCUAAAUCAGCAGUUAUAGGAAUAUAAAGAACUUCAAGAACAAAGUUAGGGACUAUUAAGAAAUACAUAAAUUCAAUUGUUAUUUGGAAAAUCACAGCAAAAACCCGAUUAAUUAGGCCAUUACCUUAAGGAAAUUUUUGAGCAAUCAAUCCCCAAGAUGGCUUUGCAUUUAAAGCAAGAAUAGCGCAAUCAAGAACUAGAUAAUUGUUUUUAAAGUUUUUAUAAUUGCUUCAAUGAUAUGAAUAAUGUCAAAGAUGAAAUGGUCUAAGAAAUGCAAAAACUUGAGAUCACAAUGAAGGCUGCCAAGGAAAUUCCAGAGUUCAAUAAAUUCUUUGAACAUGUCUCAAAAUUAGAUUUCUAAUAAUAGUUGGACAGUUUAGAGGAGGAACUCGGAAAUGUCAUAAAAACAGAUGAUCUUUAAUUGUCGAUCAAAGAUACUUAUGAUUUAUACAACAAAUCUAUGCAAUUUAUUAAGAGACCAAAAUUGAAUUGA